CUCAAGAAGGUCGUCCACAAUUUACGUAUCAGUGGGAUUUUCACGCGUCACGCGUUUCGAACGAUUUUGGUCUCUCCUAAAUAUUACUCGCUACUGGGUAUUUCGAGUGUUUCACUCGUUUUACGGCAGCUAGCGCGCGCGGCAAAAACGUCGAUUUGGCAACAUUGUGUACCGCUGCAUUUCGUAUUCGCCGUCAACGUCGUCGGAGACAGCGACUGCGCUAGCGCAACUGAAUUGUCAGUUGAGCGCUACAGUAUUUUGGUUUUUUACCGUUAGCUCAAGCGGCAUUCGAUUUUAUUAACGUCUUUACACUCGUGGAGUACGCGCGCGUGCAUCUCUGCUUCAGCUUAGCGGUAAUAAAUGGAUACUAUAUGUGCAUGGAAAUUUACAAUGAAAUUGUUUAGGUAAAUUGCAAAAAGUGUCUGAAGAAAGUUGAGAAAAGUGUUGCAGAAACCAUUUAUGUAAACGUUGUGCAGAUUUAUUAUGGUGUUUAAAGUGUAAAUUGCGGAUAUCGUUUGGAAUAACAAGCUGUAUAUUAUUGUACAUACAUACAUACAUACUUUUACUUCAACCGCCACCUGCUGCUAUCGAUAUAUAUACUUUCGUACUUAUGUUCGUUAGUAAAAAGGCUGUACAUUUAAGGAAACACUUUCCGUCCAGCGAACCAACAGCUAUUGAAUCAGGCGCACCAGCAACAACAACCGAAAUAAAUGAUACUGUUGAUACCGUUCAUGCCCCUUCUACUAUAGCUGCCGCAUAUUUUUGAUCAACAACAACACAGAAACCAUUAACGCUAAGCAGCGCCGAAAAACUGCAAUUUAAGCGCUUUGAGCGGCUUAGCACGCGAGAGUUGGGUACUUCGUUCAUUUGAGUCGGCACGCGAAUUACCAGUUUGACGGCUUUACUUGUUGCCUUUGUUGCUUUUAUUUGGAUAUCGGAAAACCCCUGCAACAUGGGCACCAAUUAACUGCAGCAACAACAAACGCCCACCAAAAAAAAAAAGAAAAAAAAAGUAAAUCGAACGAAAUCUGUGCGCCUACACAGGCACCACGCCAACUGCCACAUAUGCAACAGUUAAUUUGAGCAUUUAUCGGCAUCCGCUCACGCUCGCGCUAGCCUUAGUUGCAGCGACCAUGUGCAUGCGCUGAAUUAAAGCAGCGAAGUAAAUAUAAAACUAAAUAUACAUAAAUAUAAAAAUAAGAUACAGAAAUUAAAUGAAACAGCGUGCGCGCAUUGACCAGUAGUCAAAGCGAACGAGCGGCAUAGACCAAUAACCGCAUUGUGGUUGUAAAACAGAUAAAGCAGUAGCAGCAAUUGCAACAAAUUCAAAACUAGCUGCCGCGAUAUGAGCGCUUGUUUAUGUUUUCCUUAAAUUGCUGCAUUUAGCGGCUGCAACAACAACGUGCAGCAGAAACCAGUCGCGCGCGAUAUCCGCAACAGGUACACAGCAACAACAACAACAAUAAAACCGCGUAGCAGUUCCGAAACGAAUUAGUUCAAGCGUGUGCGCACAUGUAGCGUACAAAUAAUAUUUCCAGCAAUAAUCGUCAAUUGCCUGCCGUGGAGUGCAACGACCGAACCACAACCGACCGCCACCACCACCACCACAACUACCACCAACCCCAGCGCCACACAACCAUCGCGCGUGCCGCAACAACCUUGGCCACUACGUUUGGACUGCUGACGCUUAUUUCUAGUUCGCGUUUUGUUGCACAUACGCGUGGUUUGGGGCGGCACGAUUUUGGUGUUUGCAAGUUCAAGCGCAAGCGGUAAGUUCCGUUCAAUUAGCGAAGCGCAGCCAAAGAAAAGGCGACGGCCGCACCACGGCACGUCACGCCAAAGAGCGUUUGAGUGGCACGCAAACAGGAAGUUGCGGCAGGAACCAAAGCGAGUGGUGAAAACGUGAGGAGUUUUAUUGCAACUUGAUUGCGCUCCGCUUUUGCCGAAACGAAACGAUUUGCAGGUUGUCAACCUUCGCUUUAUGGUGCGCGCGCGUAACCCCUCUCUCAGUCGCCUAUUCGCUAGCGUCCCGACCAAUCACCGAGGAAUGCAAGACUCAUUUGUUGACGCAGCAGUGACAACAGGAGUAGUGGCCAACAAAAUAGCAGAAAUAAUCAAUUUUUGUGGAACCGUAAGCGUGGCGGACACACCGAAAUUACCAGCUACGAGCAUUUUCCGCCGACCAUAGUGUUCCGCGCACUGCGACACAAAAACUGUUUAAAUCCGCUAAACACACCCAUUUAACAGCCGCUACCAGCUUUGCAUCUAAAACCAGCGCGCACCUUCACCAAAUUCAGUACCUGCCCCUUGGUUUCCCUACAAGCCACGCCCUAAACGUGCCGUGCUCAAUGUAAGAUGUUAGCAAACGUCAAAUGGAGCCUCUUAGCCACAGCUGUUGUCAGUUUGCUGCUAUGCACCGCACAAGCCAUUGAACGCGCGCCAGCGCUUGCGAACACGUCGGCGCAUGCGCCAGCAACACCAGCGCGUCAGCUACAAACACAUCAACCAGCAUUACAGUCAAGUGCGCGACAAGCACGCGCUACCGCAGCGUACUCAACUGCGCAUGAUCAGCACGCGUCUUUACCUAUUACCCCGGCGCCCAUCGCGCCCUCUGUAGACAAUCGGCGUACCGCGCGAAACCUCUACGCGCCUUUCAACACCUUCAGCAAGGUGGAUGAGGCGCCGUACACAGAUUGGCGUCGCCGCAGCGAUGGCACCGUAGUACAAACAUUUGGUGCAUACCGUAGUGGACGCGCACUUUCAACGACCGCGCAACAACCACAAAUUCUACCACAUUUCCAACAAAGUCAGCCAGUGCAGCAGUCACAUCUGGCAGCACAACGCCGCUCGGAUGUCAUAACGACUGUCGAAGUGAUACCAGCGCCAGGAAUCGAACUACCGAGCAGUACCAGUAAUGGCGCCCUCACCGGUUCUUUACCCAUAACAAUACCCAAGCAAGUGGUGCCCGACGCAAAUGCCGCUGCAUCUAUCGCUGCGGCGACCACCGCCAUAGCGAAUGCGACGCGCAGCUCACGUCAACGCAACUAUGUAUAUAUACCACUGCAACAGCAAACCAGUGGCGCAACACAGCUGCCAAAGCGCAACAACAGCUCAUUCGGUUACCUGGGUCCACCUACACACGCUGUGGCUGCGGUAGCACAAGAAUUCGGCGACGAGUUGAUACACGCGCAAACAGAUCGCAUUGAUGUGGCCACAGCGCCAGCGGCAGACGCCGCCAUCACUUCAACGGAUAAAGUAGAUUAUGAGGAUGAAAAUGCAGCACGUCGCAAUGGUUUCAAAUUCCCCAGCUACAGUUUGAAACCAGCCAGCCCUUUUUACCCGCAAGGCUAUCGGGAAGACAAUCCCAUCUUCACCGAAACAUCUGGCUUUGAGUCGCCCUAUAGCGAGGAGGUGCUGCCCACGCAAUACGAUCAAGAUACACGUCAUACACGUCAGUUGAUCUAUGACACCGCUGAUGCAGUACCCAUUUCGCAUCCCUUCGAGUUUCCCGGACUGGCGUCAAACACAAAACCACAUUCACUGAGUGGAGCUAUUGCGGGUGGAAAGCUAUUUCGUGAGGAGGUUACGAAAUUUGGUGACAUAAAUGGGCCCAUCACCGCUGUACCACAACGUCCACAACGCGGUUUGUUCUAUGGAGAUACUGAAUUUAGAACAGGUCCGUCGCGACCAUAUGCGCCGCAGAAGGCUUUCAACGAGUACAUUGGUCCAAAUGGACCACUCGAUUUUCAGAGUUCAAGGAAAAGUCGCUUCUUCCCUUUCAAAUCAUCGCGCAGUCCACGCGUUGUGUUUCCGGUGAACGAUAACAUUGGUACAACGGGUCCGAGUGGCAGCGGGAAUGGAGUUUACUUUAGCGAUAGCGUAGCUUUCAGAGAUCAAAACUUUGGCCUCAACGACUUGGCUGCCAUUCAAGAUGUCCGCAAUGAAUUCAGUUUACAGGACAUAGACGGCAGCACCUCAGAGACCAGUUUGUCGAGUGUGCCUUCUUCCGGAACAUUCAAAGAAAAAGUUGAUAUCACAACCGAACUAGAAUGUCAGCAUCGCGGUGGUACUUGUGAAUUUUUUAUCGGUUGUUGGAUGAGCGGUGGUCUAUUGCAGGGCACAUGCAACGGCCUAUUGCGCGGUUGCUGUCAUCGCACAGCCAAAUCUGCCAAUCUACGCACAUCCGAGUAUGUGGGCAACACAAUCGAUUUGACUGAUCUUCCGCACAAGAAUUAUGGCCCAGUUAAAAAUGAUGCCAGCUGCGGCAUUUCACUGGCCAAACAGGCCGCUCAACGGCGCAUAGUCGGCGGUGACGAUGCCGGUUUCGGUUCAUUUCCUUGGCAGGCGUACAUACGUAUCGGAUCCUCGAGAUGCGGCGGUUCACUGGUGUCGCGUCGUCACGUCGUUACCGCCGGUCAUUGUGUGGCACGUGCCACACCACGCCAGGUUCACGUCACUCUUGGCGAUUACGUAAUCAACUCUGCUGUCGAACCUCUGCCGGCCUAUACGUUCGGUGUGCGUCGCAUCGAUGUGCAUCCGUAUUUCAAAUUUACACCGCAAGCAGAUCGAUUUGAUGUGUCCGUAUUGACGUUGGAGCGGCCAGUGCAUUUUAUGCCACACAUAGCACCCAUCUGCCUACCGGAAAAGAAUGAGGACUUUCUUGGAAAAUUUGGAUGGGCAGCCGGCUGGGGCGCUUUGAAUCCUGGCUCAAGACUGCGGCCGAAAACGCUGCAAGCGGUGGAUGUGCCGGUGAUUGAAAAUCGCAUCUGCGAACGCUGGCAUCGUCAAAAUGGCAUAAAUGUUGUCAUUUACCCGGAAAUGAUGUGUGCUGGCUAUCGAAAUGGAGGCAAAGAUUCCUGUCAGGGUGACUCUGGUGGGCCGCUGAUGCAUGAGAAGAGUGGCCGCUGGUAUUUGAUUGGCGUGGUUUCAGCUGGCUACUCGUGCGCCUCGCGCGGCCAGCCGGGCAUCUAUCAUCGUGUACCUUAUACGGUAGAUUGGAUAUCCUAUGUUGUCGGUCUAACCACCAAUCUGUAGUAAAAGUGAAUAUUCUCGAAUUCACUUGUUUCAAACAUUUACUUCAAUUUAUAUUAAACAGAAAAAAGAAAUGCUCAACAUUCUAAACUAAGCGACUUCUAAUUUAUGUAUUUGAUUUUUCAAAAAUUCUUCGAUUCGAUGCUGACUUUUUUAUUUUAGUCUUAGAAUUAAUAUAUUUAUUGUUAUGCUCUUGCGAAUUGGCUUCUAUUUGAAUUUUUGUAAAUAGUUCUUAUUCAAAUUGCUUGUCUCUCUUAUUGUUGAUAGCUGCUUUCUCAUAUGUAAAUGGCUGAUAUUGUUUGUUAAAUAUUAAAUCUCAUUAAGUUUUGGGGGAAAAUCGCAGCAUUACUCUAAGUAAUUAUGCAUCUAAUUAAGCUAUUACUGUUUUAUUUGUGUAUUUUAUACAUACAUACGUGUGUAGGUAUAUGUAGUAAUUAAUUGGAGAAAAUAUUUAUCAAACUAUCAGGCAUGGAAAGUGUGCCCAAAUUACUUAAAUACAUACUCGUUUAUAUUUAGUACAUACUUAUAGAGAUAUGAAUGUAGAUAGGUAGCUAUUUCGGUGUUUUGUUACACUAUUUGUACUAUUAAGUAACAACUUUAAAAAUGCUUAAAUAAGAAAAAUUAUAAAUUUAUGUCCUCAUAUAUACAUUUUUACUUUACAUACAUAAUUCUGUACAUAGUGGGCAAAAACAUUGAAUAACUGUACUUUUGUAUAAUUUAUGUGCGAAUUAAGGAAAGAAUAAAUUAAUUUGAA